AUGUCUGAAGAAGUUACUCUUGCAGACCUAAAAUUCCAAUACCCCAGAAAGACAGAAACUAUUCAGGAGUUUGACAAUUUAAAGAAAAAGGUGUACAACUUAAUGACUGCAAUUACAAUCAUUGAUUGUGCAACUCUACCCUUAAUCAAGUUUCUAUCCAUCUUGAAGAUAGAAAUGGGAAAACUGAAUAGACUGCAAGAUAUCAAAGAAGAACUUCAGAGAUACACUUUACAACUGGUGACCAACAUGGUCUUCUCCAUCACAUUGCUGCAAAAUAUAGCCACAAAAUUAUUAAUGUCUGAAGAAGUGACUUACGCUACUCUCAAAUUUCCAGACUCUUCUAAGACGAAGACACUCCAGGAGAGCUACAGUUUAAAGAGAACAGAUAAUCAACAAGUACAAGAGUUAGAGCUGAAUACUGGAGCUGAAACUGAAACGGAGAGAACUGAAAUGAAGAACAUAGUUGAGGUAUCAGAGAGCAGAGCUGUGAGAGGACAGAAAACGUCAUCACCCAUGUGGUGCAAAGUUGCUUAUGUUUCACUAAUACUGCACCUGAUAGUGCUGGCUGGCCUGGGAACCCUGGGGUUGAUGUGCCAUGAAUGCAGCCCCUGUGACACAAACUGGAGAUACUAUGGCGAUAGUUGCUAUGGAUUCUUCAAGCAAAACUUGACAUGGGAAGAAAGUAAGCAAUACUGCAAUAACAGGAAUGCUACUCUUGUGAAGAUCAUGAAUGAGAACAUUCUGGAAUAUAUCAAAGCCAGGACUGGUUUAAUUCGUUGGGUUGGACUGUCCCGUCAGAACCCUAAUGGAGUCUGGAUGUGGGAAGAUGGCUCAGUUUUCACAAAAAACGUGCUUGAGAAUUCUGGAGAUGGAAGAGAAAAUUGGAAAUGUGCUUACUUUCAUAAUGGAAAAAUCUACUCUUCCUUCUGUGAAAGCAAACGUUAUCUAAUGUGUGAACGGAAGGCUGGGAAGGCAAAGAUGGACAAACUACUUUAA